CGCAGCCAUAACGAACACCUAACAAACACAGAGGAGAAAAACAACUCGCUCUUUCUCUUCGCCCCAUAUUUUCCCCGCCCACCGCCACCACCUCCGCCGCAUUCCAAAUUUCCCCCCACCGUCUCCGCCAGCCGGAGACCACCCUAAUUACAAAUAGAGAACCAUUUUCAGAUAAAUUCGUCCAUUAAUUCUUCUUCUUUCUCCACUCCUCUUUGUUAAAUUAAAUAAUUUUGUUCAUCAAUCAAUCAAGCAAUCAAUUAGCCGACGGAGACAGAGCUUCUGGUACACGAGGCGACAAAAAACGGACGGUUGAAUGGCCGCCGGGCCAACGACGUUCCGACUGAGUCAGCUCCGCGACAUAUUCGACCGCUUCGACAUGGACGCCGACGGCAGCCUCACCGUGCUAGAGCUCGCCGCCCUGCUCCGCUCCAUCGGCCUCAAGCCGGCCUCCGGCGACCAGAUCCACGUCCUCCUCGCCGACAUCGACGCCAACGGCAACGGCUCCAUCGAAUUCGACGAGCUUGUCUCCGCCAUCGCCAACGACAUCGACGAGCAGACGCUGGUGAACCAGGACCACCUCCUCGAGGUCUUCCAGCUGUUCGACCGGGACGGCAACGGCGUCAUCACGUCGGCCGAGCUGGCCGGCGCCAUGGCCAAGAUGGGCCAGCCCCUGACGUACAACGAGCUCAACCAGAUGAUGAAGGAGGCUGACACAGACGGCGACGGCGUUAUUAGCUUCACGGAGUUCUCCACCGUCAUGGCCAGGUCCACCAUGGAAUCUUUGGGGAUGGCUGCUGAUCCUUGAUUGACUAACUUGUUUUUUUAGAUAUAACCUAGGGUUUAAUGUGAUCAGAUGUGUACUUCAUUUUAAAAAAGGAUUCCAUACAAUUGAAGUUAUUAGUUUGUCAAUUUAUCAAGAAUCAUUGUUCAUAACAUACCCCCCAAAUAGAAUCAUAUCCAUUUCAAUAUUCUGAGCGACCUCUUCAAUAAGUUUAUCAUGAUCUG